CACAACCAGGAAGUUUUGGUUGAAGUCGUCGUGUGUUGGACAUAAAAGCAAAAUCUGAAAUUUGAACAGUAUUUCAUGUGAUCAAGUGAGCUGCAUCGUAGUAGACGGAUACAACAUGGCGGAUGGAAUUCUGGAGGACCAGGACCCCUUCAGCUGCCCAAUCUGCUUGGAUCCACUGGAGGACCCAGUGACCAUUCCCUGUGGACACAGCUACUGCAUGGACUGCAUCAAGGACUGCUGGGGCCAGGAGGACCACAAAGGGGUCUACAGCUGCCCCCAGUGCAGGCAGACCUUCGAGUCCAGGCCCGUCCUCAACAAGAACACCAUGUUCGCUGAGGUGGUGGAGAGGCUGAAGAGGACCAGCCUGCGGGCCGCCCCUCUCGGCCACUGUUACGCCGGACCAGGGGACGUGGUCUGCGACGUCUGCACUGACCGCAAGCAGAAGGCCAUCAAAACGUGCCUGGUGUGCGUUGCCUCGUACUGCGAGACACACUUCAGGCUCCACGACAGCCUCCACCCAGGGCAGAGGCACAAGGUGAUCCAACCCAACGAGCACCAGGUGAAGUUCUGCUCACGCCAUGGGAAGAGACUGGACGCGUACUGCCGCUCUGACCAGAACUUCAUCUGCCAUCUCUGCGCAACGGAUGAACACAGAGGGCACAAUGUAGUGUUGGCCGACCAGUCUUUGGUAGCACCCGGUGGGCACAGAAAGGACACUCACUCGACUAAUAAUCAUGGGAACAGUGGGCACAAGAGUGGACACAGAAAUGGGCAUAUCCAUCCGCAUGGGAAGGCUGGGCAUCAUACUGGUGGGCGUGUAAAAACUGGGCAUGGGAGCAGCGGGCACAAGAGGAGGAAGCACGGCAGCGGGCACGGAAAAAGUGAACAUAAGUCAGAUGCACAUGGGAGCUGGCACCGGAGGAGCCAUCAUGACAAGGGUGCGCAGACUGGGCACUAGGAAGAGGCUGGUUUUUGCCACAGGGCAUGCAGUCAAGUUGCAUGGAGAGCACAGCAAAGCCACUAUCAGGCUGUGAGGUGUCCGAAAAACACAACGUUGGUAAGGGUUGAAUGCUCCCAAUCUGUUAGACCAACCUCUAUGUACAAGUACACAUACAAGGCAUAUCCACAGAAGUCAGAAACCUCCUUGUUUCACCUUUCAGGAUGAGGCUUAUGUCAUAGUCAAUCAUAUAUGCUGUGCUGUAUUUUAACUGAAAAGAUUACCAAUAUCAUAUUGACAAUGAAUGACAAUCAUUUCUGAGAGUGUAAUUAUUUUGCGUGUGCCCUCUCUUUGUACAUGUCAAAUUAACAUUUACCUUUACAUUUGCAUAUUCAUGCACCAAGAUGAAUGUCGUUAACCUUUUAAAACACCAUCACAGAGUUUAAUUAUCUAAGGGAGACCCAUUUUACUGUGGAGAGACUUAGGAAGACAAUUCAUCAUCUCUCUGUACAUCAGCGUGAAAUUGUAUGUAAUCAUGCGAGUGCAUUCUCUUGCACACUUGCCCACUUGUCUCCAUAAGGAUAUGAAGUACUCCACUGUGUUGAUCAGAAAUCCUAGGAGGUCACAGAGCUCUACUUUAGGGUGUCUGUUCAUUCAUUCUCUGUUCAUAUUUCACACUUUAAUAAGGAUAUGAAGUGGGCUUUAACGACUGCUCAAAUGCUCAGUAGGGCCAUACAGAAAUGUCUUUCAUGUUGUCAGCCUCGGAUGGCCUAACUAGUGAAAAUAUUUAUGACGCCCCAACUUGGGCUACUGAAAAUAUUUAUGACAUUUCCAUAAUAAGUCAUUUUGAGAGAAAUAUCUAUCAUGAUCAUUUUGAUUACAUUAUCUUAUUUUGUCAAUUAGAUUCCUUUCUUUUCAGAUUGUAUGUGUUUCUUUCAUGCCAAUUAGGUGACUUCAUGUCAUUACACAUUACAGUGUCUCUUUUGUAUGUGUAUCAAUUGAGCCUUCUAUAUGUGUGUGUGUGUGUGUGUGUGUGUGUGUGUGU